AUCCUAAUUCCUUCACCGCCAAGAAAUCCCAACGUGCAACCUCCAUUGUUAACCGCGAAAAUCCUUAGAAUUCCAUAUUGCAGUACCCAAUAAGCGUUAGAUCCAAUUCUCCAUGAUCCCAUUUUUCAAGGAAAACAAACAAGAAAUUUUUUUCUUUUUUACAUCCAUUAGCCAAUUUUAGCGUUUGGUCGUUUCCUUCGAGUUCAGUCUCUCCUCUUUGACCCCGAUUACCCCAUUUCUCAAGUUCCCAUCAAAAAAGCCCCUUCUGGGCUGCCUUUUGAUUUCUACCUUCGAAUUGGGUCCUUACGAGUUCGGCCAUGGCGUCGCAAGCUGAUUACAUGGAGAAAAUCCACCUUCGUCAGAAUUACAGAAAUAUCUGGCAUACUGAUCUCACGGGCACCAUUGCUGCCAGUCCACCUUAUUGUUGCUUUUCUUUAUUCUGUGCCCCAUAUGCUUCUUACCUUCUGCGCAAACGAGCUCUUUACGAUGAUAUGUCGAGAUACACAUGCUGUGGUGGCUACAUGCCUUGCAGCGGCAAGUGUGGAGAAAAGCGUUGCCCUGAAGUUUGUCUAUGCACUGAGGUUUUUUGUUGCUUUGCUAAUUCAGUUGCAUCAACACGUUUCAUGUUGCAAGACGAGUUCAAUAUACAGACAACAGAGUGUGAUAACUGCAUCAUCGCCUUUACGUUGUGCCUCUCACAACUGGCUUGCAUAUGCUCCAUAAUUGCUUGCUUGCUUGGAAGUGAAGAACUUCGAGAGGCCUCAGACUUAUUGACCUGUUUAUCUAAUCUUGUAUACUGCUCUGUCUGUGCAUGUAUGCAGAGCUCCAGACACAACACAAGCUUGAGUUGGAUAAAAGAGAUGGCAAGUUUGGACCUCAACCACCACCCAUGGCUGCGCCUCUCACACAGCAAAUGUCCCGUAUCGUUCAGCCUAUUCCGGCCGCUGUUGGUGGAUAUCCUCCUCCUCCGGUAUAUGGACAACCAUUUGGGCACCUACCCCCUCCUGUUGUUCAAGGCUACCCCCCGGCACGGCCACCACCACCAGCCCCUCACCUGGCUCAAGGCUACCAGCCCCCUCCUCCAUUUCAAGGCUAUCCACAACCCGGUUAUCCUCCGCAUCCGCCUCCGGGCCAAUACAAGUGAUUUGUUCCACAUUGUUUCCCAAAUAUGUAAACUCAAAUUUGCAUAUUCUGAAUAAAAUUUCCUAUGUAAUAGGAUAUAAUCGUUUCUAUUGCGUAGGAAAUAUGAAUGAAAAACUUGCAAUUAUCGAAA